AUGUCGAUGACGAAGAUCCCGUCGUUGCCAGCUGCAAUGUGCUCGGCUGAGCUGAAGCUAAACAAUCCUGUCGGCGAAGGUAAUGAACGCAAUAGUGAGGAUCAUGCCAAACAUCUUCGAUCCGUGAAGCAGCUCGAGGCGUCUACUGCCUGGGGUGCAAUACUGGAAACCAAGCGAAACAGUGAAAAGCUGAACGUACAGAACAAUAUCGUCGAGAGUAUCUUCAGGAAGCAUCUUUACUGGUUCAAGCACGUAACGUCACCGUUGUGCCCAGAGCGUGAAAACAUUGAGGAGACACCAGAGCACGUAGUCUUCCAAUGUCCAAGCCCUCACUCCGGAAGCACCGAUGAUGACAAAGACGGUUUCUACGCGCAGCUCGAACGAGAAUACGACCGCUGCCCAAGCCACGACGUCAAGAUCAUCAUUGGGGACUUAAACGCUCAGGUAGGCCAUGAGGAGGAAUUUAGACCGACGAUUGAAAAGUUCCGCGCUCACCAGCUGACGAAUGAGAAUGGCCUUCGACUCAUUGAUUUCGCCGCCUCCAAGGCCAUUCGUAGCACCUUCUCCCAGCACAGCCUCCCUUAUCAUUACACCUGGAGAUCACCGCAACAGACAGAAUCGCAAAUCGACCACGUCCUGAUUGAGGGACGGUACUCCUCCGACAUCAUCGACGUCAGGACCUAUCGCGGCGCUAACGUCGACUCUGACCACUACCUGGUGAUGGUUAAAUUGCGCCCCAAACUAUCCGUCAUGAAUCAUGUACGGUACCGACGACCACCUGAUCUGGAGCGACUGAAGCAACCAGAUGACGCCAUUGCAUACGCGCAGCACCUCGAGGCAGCGUUGCCGGACGAGGAAGAGCUCGACGUGGCCCCUCUAGAGGACUGCUGGAGAACAGUAAAAGCAGCCAACGUGGCUGAGGACAUUGUCGAGUACGAGGAACGGAGACGACGGAACGAUUGGUUCGACGAGGAGUGCAGAGCGGUUUUGGAGAAGAAGAGUGCAGCGCGAGCGGUCAUGCUGCAGCAUGGAACCCGACAGAAUGUGGAACUAUACAAACAGAAGCGGAGGCAGGCAGCCUCUUCCGGUAGAAAAAAACGCCGCCUGGAAGAAGCAGAGUGCGAGGAAAUGGAACUGCUGUACCGUUCUCAAGAUAUACGGAAGUUCUACCAGAAGCUCAACGCAUCCCGCAAAGGCUUUGUGCCGCAAACCGAAAUAUGUAGGGAUAAGGACGGGAGCCUGCUGACGGACAACCGUGCGGUGAUCGGAAGAUGGGAGCAGCACUUCGACGAGCACCUGAACGGUGCGGAGAAUGUAGGUACAGAUGACCAAGGCAACGGAGGAUUUGACUACGUCAGUGUAGUUGAGGACGGGAAAGAACCAACUCCCACGUUGAGGGAAGUUAAGGAUGCCAUCCAAUAG